AUGGGAGUGGCAGAAGCAGCACAUAACGUCAGGGUGUUGGGGACGGGAGAGAAGACCAUAAUACUCGGCCAUGGCUUCGGCACCGACCAAUCGGUGUGGAAACACCUGGUUCCACAUCUGGUUGAUCAAUACCGGGUCGUUUUGUACGAUAACAUGGGUGCGGGUACAACCAACCCGGACUACUUCGAUUUCGAACGUUACGCAACCCUGGAAGGCUAUGCCUAUGAUUUGUUAGCCAUUUUGGAGGAGCUUCAGAUUGAUUCCUGCACUUAUGUCGGCCAUUCCCUGUCUUCCAUGACCGGUGCAAUUGCCUCCAUUUUUCGUCCUGAUCUAUUCGACAAGCUCAUCAUGAUCUCUGCUUCCCCACGGUUCAUCAAUACGGAUGAUUACUACGGAGGAUUUGAAAAGGAAGAUGUGGAACAAUUGUGCCGUGCGAUUGAGGAGAAUUACAAGUCGUGGGUCUCGGGAUUUGCGCCGCUGGUGGUGGGCGGCGACAUGGACUCGGUGGCGGUGCAAGAAUUCAGCAGGACUCUGUUUAACAUGAGGCCCGACAUCGCCCUCAGCGUUUUCCGCACCAUAUUUAAUUUCGAUCUCCGGGAUUUUCUCAACCGCGUCAGCGUGCCGUGCCAUAUUAUUCAGAGCACCAAAGACUUGGCCGUGCCGGUGGCGGUGUCCGAGUAUCUCCACCAGAAUCUCGGCGGCCCGUCGGUUGUGGAAGUCGUUUCGACGGAGGGUCACCUGCCGCAGCUGAGUGCGCCGGAUAUCACCGUCCCGGUCAUUAUGCGUCACAUUCAGUACGACAUAGCGAAUGAGUAA